CAAUUUGUUUUGUUUUUGAUAGUGAAUACUCAGAGGAAAAUGGUGUACAUAGACCCCCCUCUUCUGAAGACGGAGAUUCCAAUCAGAGACAGAAGUCGGCUCUUCCAUGAAGAAAGUUUGAAGCUCUCCUUCAUAAACAACGGAAGUCGAAAAGUCUUCCACCUGAUGACGGAGCGUCCUGUAGAUGACCAGCAGCUCCCACCGGCCAAUGUGUCUCAGAGAAGUUGUGCGUCUCUAGAAAGCAGUGGGCUUGACUUUGAGAUGGACCUCACUGAUCUGGAGACGUUUGGAGAAACGAUGACCGCUAAGAAAGCCCCGAACAAGGAACGGGUUCAGAAUAAAGUCGCUCCUGGUUCUCCGCUUUUACGAGGGACUAAAAGGUGCAGUGAGCAACCUCCAAGUGCUGACCGCAGUCCACAAAAAAAGGCGGUUCUGUCAGAUGUUCACCCCCCCAGUGCAGAGACGUGUCAGUCCGAUA